AUGGCCACAGCCGACAAUGGUCCUUCUGCGGACCUUCCGUCCAGAAUACUCUAUGCACUAUCGACAAGCGAGCCGGUACUCACCUCCGAGGCCUUUCCGGAGGUUCCCUUCGCCGAGGUCAAGGCCGCCGUUGAUAGCCUGAACUCCAAGUCCAUGAUCACAUACAAGCCUUUAGAAAAGGAACUAGCACUUUUGGAACCCGAGGGAGAGCAGAUCGCAGCCCAUGGCAGUCACGAGGCGAGGGUUUUCGAGGCGCUCCGCUCCGCCAUGGAGGGGCUAAGCAUCCCUGAGCUAGAGAAGGCCAUUGGCGACAAGACGGUGACGAAGCUUGGCCAGGGCAAGGCUUUCAAGGAGAAGUGGAUUUCAAAGACCAAGGAUGGCAAGCUUGUCGCGACAGCGAAAUCUAUCGAAGACGUUACGCAAAGACAACUCCUAGACAUUAAGAAGAACCAGACGCACGAUGCAAAGGUCAUCGCCGACCUCAGGAAGCGCAAGCUUAUCAAGAUCCAGAGAGUCAUCAGCUUCUCUGUCUCGAAGGGACCAAAAUACGCCCUCGAGGUAGUCAAGCAGGAAACGGAUCUGACGGCGGAUAUGCUCGCGUCCGGAGCGUGGAAGACGGUCGACUUCAAGCCAUACAACUUCAACGCCCUCGGUGCGGAUCAGAACGCAGGCGCUCUGCAUCCCCUGAACAAGGUCCGCCACGAAUUCCGACAGAUCUUCUUUGAGAUGGGUUUCCAAGAGAUGCCCACGAACCGAUACAUCGAGUCCGGCUUCUGGAACUUCGACGCUCUCUACGUGCCUCAACAGCACCCUGCGCGAGAUCUCCAGGAUACCUUCUAUGUUGCGGACCCCAAGAUCGCCGACCAACCCCGAUCGGAAGAGAAUGGCGAGUUUGAGGCGAAGUACUGGGACAAUGUUAAGGAGGUGCACCAGGAUGGCUUGUUCGGCUCCAUCGGCUACCGAUACCCCUGGUCUGCCGAUGAGUCCCUCCGCCUAGUGCUUCGUACACAUACUACGGCUAUCUCGGCGGCGGUGUUGCGAAAGCUCGCGUCUGAGAAGGGCCCCGACGGCAGGCCACCCCCGGCUCGGUACUUCUCGAUCGACCGUGUCUUCCGAAACGAGUCCGUCGAUGCCACCCAUCUUGCCGAGUUCCACCAAGUAGAGGGUGUUAUUGCGGACUACGGUCUUACUCUUGGCGGCCUUAUGGAGUUCAUGGAGAUCUUCUUCGGCAAAAUGGGCAUUACUGAUCUCAAGUUCAAGCCUGCGUACAACCCUUACACCGAGCCUAGUAUGGAAAUCUUCAGCUACCACAAGGGCUUGAACAAGCUUGUCGAGAUUGGCAACAGCGGCAUGUUCCGGCCAGAGAUGCUCGAGGCGAUGGGUUUGCCCAAGGACAUGAGGGUAUACGGAUGGGGCCUUAGCUUGGAGCGGCCGACGAUGAUCAAGUACGGCAUCUCGAAUAUCCGAGAGUUGCUCGGCCACAAGGUCGAUCUCGGAUUCAUCAAGAGGAAUCCGGCCGUCAGGCUGGACAAGAAUUAA